AUGUCGGGUCCUACACCUGGAGCAGUCUUGGGAUUGCUCUCCUCGCAAGCCACUUAUCGUGCUCCCUUACCCACGGAAUCUUUCGAGGGCCAGACGGUCAUUGUCACCGGUGCGAAUGCAGGCCUCGGUCGCGACGCUGUUAGGCAUCUCGUCAGAUUGAAUGCAAGCCGCGUCAUCCUGGCAGUUCGAACCAUUUCCAAAGGCGAAGAAGCUCAGGCAUCCAUCGAGCAGGAGUAUGGGCGCAAAGGGGUGAUGGAGGUAUGGCAAGUUGAUACGUCCAAGUUCGCCUCAGUCAGGGCGUUCGCACAACGUGCUCAGAGCCUGGACCGAUUAGACGCUGUGUUGUUGAAUGCCGGCAUGUGGCCCAAGAGUUUUGACUUGGCGGAGGGGCAUGAAGCAUGUGUUACCAUCAACGUCAUCUCGACUUUCCUCCUGGCAAUGUUGCUUCUGCCAAAGAUGCAAGAGACCGCCAAAGCGACUCAGAGCAUCGCUCGAAUUAGCAUAGUCGACUCGGACCUGCAUAAAUUUGCUAAGCUGCCGGCGAAGAAAGACAAAAGCAUCUUCGAAGGCCUCAAGAAGCCUGUCACGGACUUCGACAAUCGAUACAAUGAUACGAAGCUCCUCGUCAUUCUGUACGGCCGGAAAAUGGCUGCGCAUUUGUCGAAGUCUGCCCAGCCGAAAGUCUGCUUGAACUUCGUCAAUCCGGGAUGGUGCUCCUCUGGACUAAAUGUGAGGGAGGGGGCUGCUGUGGCCGUGGCGCAGCGUCUGCUCCAGAGAUCACAGGAUGAGGGCGGACGAAUGCUGGUCGAUGCAAUUGCUCUUGUCCCCAAGGUCGAAGACAGGCAUGGCCAGUACAUCAACAAGAUGAAGAUUGAGAAGCCUGCAUCUUGGGUCACAAGUAAAGAAGGCGAGGCGACUGCCGAGAGGGUUUGGUCUGAGCUGAACGAGAUCCUUGAGAAAGAGUUGGCGUGA